GAUGCGGCCGGCACUGGCGGCGUGGCUGGCCCUGAGCCUGCUGGCGGGAACGGGGGCCGAGGAUAUGUGCGGGGGCCCCCCCGCCGCCCCAGCCCACUCCAUCUCUGCGCCCCAGCUCAGCCCCGAGGAGCGGCUCUCGCCCCACAUGCCCGAAUCCCUGCACUGCGACGCCUGCUACGCCAUCGCCUUCCAGAUCGAGGAGCAGCUGAGCAGGGCGGAGGGGAAGGUGGGCAGGAAGGCGCUGAGCGAGUCUGACUACGUGGAGGUGCUGGAGAGGAGCUGCUCGCAGGGCUGGGAGAGCUACGGGGUGCAGGAGCUGGAUGGGGAGAAGCGGCUGGCGGGGCCGGGGCUGCCGAGACAGGAGCCCAUGAGCGUGAUGGUGAUGGGGGGACCCUGGCCAGGCAGGCUGUCCAAGAUGUGCCACAGCUACGUGGGCGAGCGGGGCGAAGCGCAGAUCUACGGCGCGCACCGUCGGGGCCCGGCCGCCCUUCGGGAGCUGCUCUGCCGCGGGGAGAAGGGGGCCUGCACCCGCAGCAAGGCCGGGGGGCCGGUCCCACCCAAGGCGCUGCAGAACGAGCUGUAGCCCUGGCGCAGUUAAUGCUUAAUGCCCUGGCGACCUUCGGAGCCGACUUCGUCCCCAGCGAGAGCCGACGCGCGCCGGGAGGUGGGCGCCUUCCCGGCGUCGCCCAUCGCCGGCGCGGUGACCGUCCCUCGACGCCCAGCCUGGCCGUGCUGGGAGGAUGCUGGUGGCAGCCGGUGCCCCGUGCCACCGGACCCCCCCCCCCCGCCACUGCGAGCCGGGAAUUACUCUGUAACCCACCGGCGAUAAUGUUUUACCGAUGCGGUGUUCACGGCGGGAGCGCCCCUGCCCCGCCGGCGGUGCCAACCCUAAUUAAAGCAGUUAAUAGCU